CUUACAUGCCGACAAGUUGAGAACCCAUAAAAGCGGCCCCUUGCUUGGUGGUCUUCACUCGUCACGAGCCAUCGCCACCAUGGAGAGACUCGUGUUUCUACUCAUUCUCUGCGCUGCGGCGUUCGCAUCUAUCGAAGAAAACCGCGGUAUUGAAGAAGAAGAGGAAUUGUUUGAAGGCGACAUGAAGCUGACCGAAGACCAGAUGAACGAGUUAGAUGCCCGUGCUGCAAUUUACACGCGAAAGUGGCCGGGGGGCGAGGUGCCUUAUGAGUUGGACUCAUCCAUCUCGAGCCAGCCUGGUGCAGUGAGCGCCAUCAAUGCCGCCAUUGCCGAGUACGCACAGAAGACCUGCAUCCGGCUCAGACCCAAGAAGGCUGGCGAGACUGCAUACCUUUCAAUCUUCAAGGGAGGCGGAUGCUGGUCAUACGUGGGACGAACAGGAAGUAAACAGCAGCUGUCUCUCGCCGGUGGCUGCUGGCAUAAGGGAAUUGUCAUCCACGAGAUCGCUCACGCUCUUGGCUUUUUCCACGAGCAGUCCCGACCAGACAGAGAUCACUUCGUCACCAUAAAGUUCGAGAACAUUCAGGAUGGUAAGGAAGGAAACUUCAGAAUGCAUUCUACCUCCCAAGUCACCACACACGGCACCACAUACGACUUCGAAAGCGUGAUGCAUUAUGGUGGGCGUGCCUUCAGCAAAAACGGACAGCCGACCAUAGUAGCCAAAAAGGCCGGAGUAAAUCUUGGCCAGAGACAUGGUCUAAGUCAUCUGGACACCAUCCAAGUAAACAUCCACUACGGCUGUAAUGGCCCAGUUACUCAACCACCACCGAGCACACCGGCACCACCGAGCACACCAGCGCCCCCAAGCGGGAAAUUUAGCUGUGACUUUGAACACGGCACCUGCGGCUUUAUCAACCUGAAAAAUGACAAAUUCGACUGGACACGACAAAGUGGAAAAACACCCUCAAGUGGUACCGGACCUAGCUCAGGAAAUGGAGGAAAAGGCUACUACAUGUACAUCGAGACAUCCAGCCCAAGAAAACGCAACGACAACGCAAUGCUGGAGAAGGGAGGCCUCCACUUCAACAAAAAUACAUGUAUCAGGUUUUUCUACCACAUGCAAGGUGCCAGCAUGGGAGAGCUUCGCGUGAGGAUCGGAACAAAGAUUGUCCUAACACUUACUGGUAGCCAAGGAAACGCCUGGAAGAAGGCAGAAAUCGCGUUCAAGGACGUCGGAGUCGGAGUCGGAGACAAUACUCUUGUGUUUGAGGGAAUCAGAGGCAACGGAUGGUCCAGUGACAUAGCAAUUGAUGACGUAUCUGUGGAAUCAUGUGGAGGACAACCAAACACUCCUCAGCCUCCAACCAACCGACCGACGGCCCCUCCAGGCGGUUUGAAAUGCGGCUACACACCUAUUACACAGUCACGUGUUAUCGGAGGCAAGGACGCCAUCCCUGGAGCAUGGCCUUGGCAGAUCGCUUUGAAAUCCAGAGGUAACUUCAUAUGCGGUGGCUCCCUUGUUUCUUCCACAUGGGUUGUAACCGCUGCUCACUGUGUCGCACGCUCAAGCAAUCCUGCCCAAUACCAAAUCAUCGUAGGGGAACAUAAUCGAAUUGUUAACGAGGCAACCGAGGAAACGCUUAACGUGAAGAAAGUCAUCGCUCACCCACAAUACAACAAUCCGCGACUGAGCAACGACAUCGCUCUUAUUGAGCUUGCAAGCCCCGCUAAACUGAGCAGCCGCGUGAACCCUGUAUGUCUCCCCCCGCACGGUUACAAGCUGCCUGCCGGAUCAAGGUGCUUCAUUACUGGAUGGGGCAAGAUCAAGCACCCAGGCUCCUCGCAUCCAAUCCUUCAGCAAGCCAUGAUUCCGUCUCUCAGUGAGGCCCAGUGCAAGCAAAAGGCACAGCAGUCUGGAUUCGGCAUCCAAAUUACCGAUAGCAUGCUUUGCGCUGGGGUCGAAAACUCUAUUCUUAGCGGUUGCCAUGGUGACAGUGGUGGUCCGUACGUGUGCGUACAGCCAGACGGUCGCUACGUACUUCAGGGUGAUGUCAGCUGGGGCUCGGGCAAAUGCGACGCCAAGCAGAUGUUCACGGUUUUCGGCCGCGUGGCGCACUUCAGAAACUGGAUUGACCACCACAUGGGAACCCCGCCCCCUCCAAACACACCAGCACCACCAACACCGGCACCGCCAACACCAGCACCACCAACACCAGCGCCACCAACACCACCUCCCCCAAAUACGCCAGCACCACCAAGUCCAAAAUUCAGCUGUGACUUUGAACACGGCACCUGCGGCUUUAUCAACCUGAAAACCGACAAAUUCGACUGGUCACGACAAAGUGGAAGCACACCCUCCAGUGGUACCGGACCUAGAUCAGGAAAUGGAGGAAAAGGCUACUACAUGUACAUCGAGACAUCCAGCCCCAGAAGACUUGACGACAACGCAAGGCUGGCGAAGGGAGGCCUUACCUUCGACAGCAAUACAUGUGUCAGCUUUUACUAUCACAUGAAUGGUAACGGUGUCAACAAGCUGUUGGUGAAGGUCGAUAAUAAGAUUGUGUUGACACUUAGUGGUAGCCAAGGAAACGCAUGGAAGAAGGCCGAGAUCAGAGUCAAGGAUAAGAGCCGCCCAGGUUCUACUCUCGAGUUUGAGGCAUUCAGAGGAGCAAACUGGCAGGGUGACAUUGCCAUCGAUGACGUGUCAGUAAUGUCAUGUGGAGGAACCCCGCCCCCUCCAAACACACCAGCACCACCAACACCGGCACCGCCAACACCAGCACCACCAACACCAGCGCCACCAACACCACCUCCCCCAAAUACGCCAGCACCACCAAGUCCAAAAUUCAGCUGUGACUUUGAACACGGCACCUGCGGCUUUAUCAACCUGAAAACCGACAAAUUCGACUGGUCACGACAAAGUGGAAGCACACCCUCCAGUGGUACCGGACCUAGCUCAGGAAAUGGAGGAAAAGGCUACUACAUGUACAUCGAGACAUCCAGCCCCAGAAGACUUGACGACAACGCAAGGCUGGCGAAGGGAGGCCUUACCUUCGACAGCAAUACAUGUGUCAGCUUUUACUAUCACAUGAAUGGUAACGGUGUCAACAAGCUGUUGGUGAAGGUCGAUAAUAAGAUUGUGUUGACACUUAGUGGUAGCCAAGGAAACGCAUGGAAGAAGGCCGAGAUCAGAGUCAAGGAUAAGAGCCGCCCAGGUUCUACUCUCGAGUUUGAGGCAUUCAGAGGAGCAAACUGGCAGGGUGACAUUGCCAUCGAUGACGUGUCAGUAAUGUCAUGUGGAGGAAUUCCACCAACUGCGAGCCCACAGCCCCCAACGGGAGCACCUCCACAAGGAAGCUGUGGAGUUCGUCCACACACCAGGAUUGUUGGAGGAACCGCUGCCAAGCAGAACAGCUGGCCAUGGCAGGCUCAACUCAGGACGACUUCCGGUUUCCCCUACUGCGGCGGUUCUUUGAUUCAUCCUCAGUGGAUUCUGACGGCGACUCACUGUGUUCGCGGGAGAUCGGCGUCAUCUAUUGUUAUCAGACUCGGCGCGCACUACAGGACGUCAAAUGUCGGUACGGAACAAGAUAUCAACGUGACAAAGGUGAUCACCCACGCCAGCUACCACAAACCCACCGGCUACGCCCACGACAUCGCGCUCCUGAAACUCGAGAAGCCAGCCGCACUUAACAAAAAUGUUAACUUGGUCUGUUUGCCCGAUAAUGUCUCCGCCCCAUCUAACGGAACUCUCUGCUACAUCACGGGAUGGGGUCGCCUGGCUUCCGGUGGAGCCGUUCCCAACAUCCUUCAAGAAGCCGUCGUCCCGGUUGUGAGCAAAGCUCGCUGUGACGUGGCUUAUCCUGGCAAGAUCCAUAGCUCUAUGUUGUGCGCAGGUCUGUAUAAUGGCGGCAUAGAUGCCUGUCAGGGAGAUUCUGGCGGUCCGUUGGUGUGUGAGACUGGAGGACAGUUCUACAUCCACGGAGCCACCAGCUGGGGACAUGGCUGUGCUGCUCCUGGGAAGUACGGUGUCUAUGCGCAUGUCAAGAAUCUUAUCGGAUGGGUCAGGUCUGAGAUGUUUAAGAAUUAAGGAGACUUCAAAAUAGUCAGGUUUUGCGACAUCAAAUAUAUGUAAAAGCAAACACACUUGAUUUAGUGGAAAUAAAAUAUCCCUUGAACCCA